AUGGAAACAUCUCUGUUGACCAUCUCCAACCUCAAAGAUCGACUAAAAGGACAUGUGCUGACAAUCACGAAUAUACCGAAGGAACCAGAGUACGAUAUUUCUACAGUCAAACUAAACUCUAUGAAUCUGGAUCAUCUUCACACCACCAACAUGAAGAUUUCCCAGCAUCCAAAGUUAAAUCUUGAGAAGAACGUAGAUUACAAACAAAACAACGAUGAGUUGGAGACCACAAGCGGCGACCGCAGCCGGCGCGAGAGCGCGUGGGCCGGCCGCGCGACGCCCCCGGCCGCGUCCUUUCCUAUGCAGAACUCCAGCCACGUCAAGUUCGAGCCGCCAAACGUGCCGGUCAUAUUCGUCCUGGGCGGCCCAGGCAGCGGCAAGGUGACCCACUGCGACAACCUCAUGCAGGAGCGCCGCGGGGUGGUCCAUAUCAACAUGACGGAUCUGCUGCAGCAGUACGCCAUCGGAAACGGUACAGCAUUUAUGACACUUGUAGCGGCGAUUGGUGAUUAG